AUGGCUACCGUACCUAGCAAACGGGUGGCAGUCAUCGGUGCCGGCCUCACGGGGCUCGUGGCGAUCAAAGAGAACCUCUCGGAGGGCUCAUCGGUCCAGUGUUUCGAGAAGCUGGGCCACAUUGGGGCCAGUGGGCCUACAGCCCGGAAGCCCCCGAAGGCCGAUUUCCCGCUCGACCCGGCGCGAUACCCAGACUACUUUAGCCACUAUCUGCAGCUGCGGUAUCUGAACGAGUACGCGGACCACUUUAAAGUCAAGAAGCACAUCCGGUUCAACACGCAAGUGCUUCAAUGCGUCCCCGCGGCCCAGGGCGGAUGGACGCUAGAGGUCCAGGAGAAGGAUGGGGAGCGCGAGGAGCACCACUUUGACGCGCUCAUCUGCGCGUCCGGCGCACUCGCCACGCCUGUCACGCCAGAUUUCGCCGGUCGUGAGAGUUUUCGUGGGGAAUUACUCCAUAGCCACCACUACCGAACCCCCAGCCCGUUCGAGGGCAAGCGCGUGGCAAUCAUCGGUCUAGGAGCUCCGCGAUCGAGCAACCCAGAGCUGGCUUCCUCACAGCGUGGCACAAUGGCUUCAGACCAAGCUGGUCAAUCUCAUCGAAGGAAAGCCGCCCAAGGAGCUGGAAUGCGAGCACGGGCUUCUCGCGCAGAACCCGACGAUCCGAGGGGACUUUUACGAAAAGUCCGGACGGGCGUCGUCAAGGUGCACAGGGCGAGCGUAGAGGCGCUCAACGAAACGGGAUUAGCCCUCUCCACCAACGUCCAGCUUGACGUGGACGUCAUCAUCUGCGCGACAGGAUACAGCUUGACCGACAUGCCGUACCUGCCCCGGGACGCCGUGGCCAGCCGUGAGCUGGCGGCACCGCAUAUCGAUCUGUACAAGUUCAUGGUCUCGCCCUGGUACGAGGACCUGUACGUUCUCGGGCGGUUGGAGGUGUUUGGCCCGCACGCCUCGGCGGCGGAGGCGCAGUCUCGCGUGGCGGCGGCCAUGAUCUCGGGAAAGCUGGCCAAGCCGGGCCACGAAGAGAUGAUGAAGAGCAUCAAAGCGAACAGACACAAGAUUUCCAACAACUUUGUCGACACGCCGCGGCACUUUCUCACGGUCCAUUCGGUCGAGUAUAUCGAUGAUUUGCUCGCUCCCCUGGGCUGUGCGCCGUCUGUCGGCAAAGUCCUCGGGCAGAUGUUCCGCGGGAAUCCAAUCCGGGCACUCAGUCUUUUCAAGGCGGUCUACUUUGGCAUCCCGUGCAGUGGCCAGUGGAGGCUCUUUGGCUACGGACGGAACCAAAAGCUUGCAGAGGCCACCAUAUUUCGGAUUGCCCACGGCGAGGGCGAGUUGUCGAAAGCAGAGCAGGAGGCUAUCGGUGCCGUGGCAUCCGCUUGA